GAAGCUAGAAGAGACUUGGCGAAACUCUGGUAUUGACUCGCAGUGGAGAGAGAGUGUUAGCACCAAAAAUGUCGAAGUUAAUCUUCGUGUUCCUUGCACUAAUUCCUCUUCUCUGCACCUCCUUCUCGCCAGAGAAACCCUCAGAUCGGCGCAUCCUCGUUUUGCUCGAUGACUUCGCCAUCAAAUCCUCUCACUCUCUCUUCUUCAACUCCCUCAAAUCUCGCGGCUUCGAUCUCCAAUUCCACCUCGCCGACGACCCCAAAAUUGCGCUCCAGAGAUACGGCCAGUACCUCUACGACGCCCUAAUUCUCUUUUCCCCCACCAUUGAACGUUUUGGAGGAUCCAUUGACGCGGCUGCAAUUUUGGAUUUUGUUGAUUCGGGUCAUGAUUUGAUCGUUGCUGCUGAUAGCAAUGCAUCUGAUUUAAUCAGGGAAAUAGCCACCGAGUGUGGAGUGGACUUUGAUGAGGAUCCUGCUGCUGUGGUUGUGGAUCAUUCGGCAUAUGCAGUCUCUGCUACUGAAGGAGAUCAUACAUUGAUUGCUAGUGAUGAUUUUAUCAAGUCUGACGUCAUAUUUGGAAGCAAAAAAAUUGAGGCUCCAGUACUUUUCCAGGGGAUUGGGCAUUCACUAAAUCCUACCAAUAGCCUGGUGUUGAAAGUUCUCUCUGCAUCUCCUUCAGCCUUUUCUGCUAACCCAAAAUCUAAAGUGACAAGUCCUCCAUCACUCACUGGAACUUCAAUCUCAUUAGUUUCAAUUAUACAGGCAAGAAAUAAUGCCCGGAUAUUGAUCUCUGGCUCAUUGAGCUUGUUCAGCAACCGAUUUUUCAGGUCAGGUGUGCAGAAGGCUGGGAGUCCAACCAAACAUGAGAAGUCAGGUAAUGAGCAGUUCUUGAAUGAACUUAGCAAAUGGAUUUUCCAUGAACGAGGUCACCUCAAGGCGGUGAAUGUGCAACACCACAAAGUUGGGGAAGCUAAUGAACCAGCCAUCUAUCGGAUCAAUGAUAAUUUGGAAUACUCUGUUGAAGUUUAUGAGUGGUCUGGGACAGCAUGGGAACCUUACGUAGCUGAUGAUGUUCAAGUGCAAUUUUACAUGAUGAGCCCCUAUGUCUUGAAGACUUUAUCAACUGAUGGCAAGGGCCGUUAUUUCACAUCAUUUAAGGUUCCAGAUGUCUAUGGGGUUUUCCAAUUCAAAGUUGAGUACGAAAAACUUGGAUAUACAAGCUUAUCUUUAUCAAAGCAGAUUCCUGUUCGUCCCUUUAGACACAAUGAAUAUGAAAGAUUUAUACCAGCAGCCUAUCCCUAUUAUGGAGCAUCAUUUUCAAUGAUGGUGGGUUUCUUCAUCUUCACUGCAGUUCAUCUAUACAGCAAGUAGAUGUAAACCUUUGCUUUAAGAUACUGUAGUUUGUAGUGCGGGGUUGAACUUAUUUUGAGAUCGAAAAUUUUGAUUUGGCAAUGAUACUAACUGACGUUUCUAAUUUAUUAUAGAUGCAUUACUUUUUCCCUUUUUCCCCCUCGUUA